AUGUGGCGCCUGAAGCUGCAGGCCCUCAUCCUCCUCCGAGUCGCUCUCCGCCGCGUACUGGCCAUUGGGCUGCGACUUGGCAGAAUUCGACGAGCUUUGCGGGCGGUAGAGCGCGACGGGCGGAGCAGACUUGCUGCUGCCGAUGCUGUGCUGCGACUGCGCGCGCUGCUGUUUCUGUUUCUGCUGCUGCUGCGGCUGUUGCGACGAGUCCUCGCGUGGCUCUACGCUGAUGUUGUGCGGUUGCGCCGACUUGGAUGGCUGACCAUACACCUCGGACGGCAAGAGGCCGUCAUUGGCGCUCCGUGUCAUGGUCUGCCUGAGCGACUGCGCCUGUGA